AUGGGCGCCAGCGAAGCGGCAGAAGCCUCCAAUAUUCGAAUCAGCACCACCUCUCCCUCUUCGACCUCAUCAGCUCCUCGCGAACAUGCGUCCGAGUCGCACAAAACGGGCUUGCCAGUCUUCAAGACUCUGCGCAGGAUGCCCUCUGCCUUCAACCCUGCAAAUAAUGCGACAACGGCAUGGACAGUCGGCCAACAAAAAUCCCACGGCAAGGACCACGCCGCAUCACCAUCCGCCGCUGCUGGUGCUCCGUCCUCGACAGCAAACAAAUCCUCCAAUGACUCAGCCGAGGCGAGCCCCUCGGAUCCGUUCUCGGCACGAUCAAAGUUCCUCAAGGCAUUCGGCAAGUUCAAGAACAGGCAUCUGUCUCAUAAAAGCGACAGCGGCAACAGCACCAACACCAACAACCGCAUGUCAAUUUCGGCCUCGCUUGCCUCAUCCUUCAUCCUACCGCCCAUACAGCUCGACCAUGAGCUCUCGAUGACCUCAGCCGACCAGGGCUCGAGCGCCAUCCACGGGCAUUCCGAUACUGCGUCGAUUUCAAUGAGGUCUUACGUUGAACCAACAAUCCAACAGGGGGACACGGAGCAAUUGCAAUUUCAGGAUAUUGAUAUGGAGGACUCUGAAGCGCGUCGCACACUUCCCCAAGGCGACCGCUCAGCGCCGUCAUCAUCGCUGGUCAAGUUCAAGAAUCGAGUCCACAACACUCUUGCUUCUAUUAAAUCAUCCUCCAACCUCAGAGAGAAGGCACGCUCGCAACAGACUUCUCUCUCUGCUCCCGACUCCACUCCUGUCUCCGCGCCCAUCUCUACACCUAUCUCUACAUACAACCUUGAAUCCAGUCCCUCAUUUCCAACGUCAGCCUCAGCGCAGCCUCAACAGCUCCAAUCUUCCUCUAGAUCCAUCACCUCCGAGCCUCAGCAAACCAACCCUAUGCUUCGACUCUCGAAACCAUUUUGGACACACCCUCGUGUUCGUCCAGAGUCGAACUCCCCCAGCAAACUUAUGUUAUGGGGAAACAAGAGUAGAUCAAGCUCACUGGUGGACAGUUCUCCCUGCAGCAAGACACAGCAUGUAAACUUGGAUGCGGUGAUGAUUUCGCCCGAGCUUGGUCCACAGCAGCAACAGCAGCAACAACAGCCAGCGCACGAUACCGCGGACGAGUUGGAUUCGGACGACGACUCUAUCGAUUUCAUUAUGCCGGGUGACUACAGCGACUAUACUCAAUUUGCAGAGCUACCUCUCAAAAAGCGCAAGAAGCUUCAGGCAGCAGCAGCAGCAGCCUCUGCUUAUGCUGCAACACAAGACCCCUCUAACAAGCGCCCCAAUGCCGUGAAGCGGUUUUUGCUUCCGCAAAAAACUGCUUCUGAUAAAGACAAGACCAAAGCGAAGGAGAACAAUCAAGCCGUUAAGGCCCAGAGCAGCGAUGCUGUCGAUGCUGGUACUUUCACUGACCAAACGAUUCCCCAGAGGAACAGCAAAAAACGACCCAAGGAUCAAGACUCGAUCGAACAGCAACAGCGGCAAGAAGCAAACGAAAUGGGCAGGUCGAGCUCCGGAGAGCCGUCUGAAUGGCGCAAGGCCAUCAUGAAGUCGCUCCAUCUUGGCCGGGCAACGAAGAAGCUCAAGAACAUGCCGUCCGCUGAGCAGUCUCCAGUGGGAUCGCCCAUCGAGACUAAGGCCCCCUCUUUGGACUUGGUGAAGACCCACGAGCCUUCGCUGCAGCCAUCCCAAAGAGACAGCGGUGUUUAUUCAGGAGAUCUCAGCAGUCGCCCAAAACGGUCUGAGAGUAUCAGUUCCGUGCGCUCGCGCUCUAUGGGCACCUCGACCCAUCCGGCUUUGUUGGCUACGACUGUAUCACCACCAAGAAAUCCAAGCACACGACGCGAGACCCUUGAGAUGGCCAUGCGCCGCCGUCGACGGAGCAGCGCAGCCCAUUCUAUAUUUGUUAACCCCCCCGCUCACCUCGGAUUGCCUAGCGCCCAGAACUACUUUGAUGACGAUGCGGCUUCAACUCAUGUAACGCACACGUUUACGAGCUUUACGCUUGAAGUAGCCGAUUUGGAUCACGCACAUGCCAUAGUCAACAAUUCUGUGGUCCCAGGACUCUUCAACUUCAAGCGUCAACCCCGAUUGACGGUGUCUUCAAUGCAGCAGUUGGACACGGACCAGGAUUUUAAGGGCUUUGAUUCGGACGGCGAUGCCAUGAGCGGCUACACCGGCGAUGCUGAUGUGUCGAUGGAGGAGAUUUUCGUCCGCCCCAGAACUCCAACAGGAUCCAAGGCUGACAAAGGGAAAGGGCGCGAUUCGGGCUCGAGAGAGAUGUCGCCGCGAAGGAAGAUGUCGAUCGGCGAUGCUGACUCUGACACCCUCCCUGAACUGCCUGCACUUUCCAUUCGUACAAAAGACGUUAGCCGCAGCAGCAGCGGUGGCCGAAUCGCUGGCAGUCAUACAAGAGGGUCCAAGGACAUUAAGACGGGCGGGGCCGUCCCUAUCCCCAACACUUCACCGCAAGGCCAGCCGGAAUAUUCUCAAUGGCUCCCCUGUUACGAUCAACGUAUCACCGGCAACAACAACCUCAUCUUCACCUCCAAGAAAUUCGCCCGCACAAUUUUCAGCGGAUGA